AUGCUGACAAAUUCUAGUUGCAGAUGCCGGGAAAAACUCAACGAAUUGCCAUGGAAAGUGAAUUAUGAUGCUCUAUCGCUUGCACGAGGCUUUGCGCUAACUCUGGAUCCCUUUUUUCGAAGUUUGAUGAGAGCUUGCAUCAGAUAUGCUCUAAAACGGUUUAUCGUAAAAGAGCAAGUGCAGAUACCACCACAUCUUGGCCGGUCUAUGUUCGGUGUAAUAGACGAAACAGGCAUUCUUCAGUGCGGACAAAUUUUUGUGCAGUAUACAAACUGUGUUUGGCUGAGAGCGUCAUUAGCUAAUGCUUCCAGAACUGUUCUUACUGGAAAAGUUAUGCUAACUAAAAAUCCCUGUAUUGUUGCCGGAGAUGUGCGAAUUUUUGAAGCAGUCGAUGUUCCUCAAUUGCAUCAUCUUGUUGAUGUUGUCGUUUUUCCGCAGCACGGACCGCGACCACACACUGACGAAAUGGCUGGCUCCGAUUUGGAUGGUGACGAGUAUUCCGUAAUGUGGGACCAAGAACUAAUGUUUGAGCACAAUGAAGCGCCGUUGGAUUUCCCAAAACCGAAAAUUACUACGAAAAAUGAAGUGGAAGAAGAUCAUGUGGAUUUGGAAAUGAGAAAAUUUUUCUCAACUUAUGUUAAGCAGGACUCAAUUGGCUCCAUUUCGAACGCUUUCAUGGUUAAUGCUGAUCUUUAUGGCAUUGAUAGCGAGGUAAAAUCCAUUUAA